CACAGGACAUGUCUGUUCUGAUUAUACAAGUCAGCAGUGUAAAGCUCAAGCAUGUGGGGGCCUCCUUUCAUAUUUAAUAGAGGGGGGGAUCUAAAAGUUCAGCUGUCAGGAUGCCCCUCGCCACAGGCCUUUGCCACCUUGGUCUCAAAAAAACCCAGAGAAAACCCUGCAAGACAGCUACAGUGCGGCACCAAGUGUGUGUGGGUUUUUUUUUAAUACCAAAUGAUCCGGUAUAAACGGGACAGGUGCCAGUGUGUUCCUCUCUGUAGACAGGCGAUGAAAAAUGUAUAAUUGGUUACAGGAACCGUACCUUUUUUAUCCAGGUGCAUGCCACAAAUAUAGCUUAGGCUAGCUAUUAGUAAGAUUUCAGAUGCGGACAGUGCGACAGGUACCAGUUUAGUAAAAUAUCUGUUAAAAAACAAAGCAGUAUUUGCUAAAUUGAAGGCUACUGCUUUGGAAACGGACUGCCAUUUGCACUUAGUCUCCAAGAUUAGCCACUGGGACUAACAGUAGACAAUCAAUGUGACUCAGUAGGUCACUGCUACUUCCGCUACCUCACCAGAAGUUGCACCCACAACCAAUUCUACAGUAGCUUCACCCAUGCUUUUAUUACAAUACCUUAAUUAUCAUUAAUGCCAUUUUAAAUGGUUGCUAUUUAAAGUGAUAUAAUUCUUUAUGAUACUAAUCACAGUUGACAUAUUUGCUAUGAAUGUGGUGUUUUUAUGACACGACAAAUCAUGUUAAGGGGAAAAGCAAACAAAAUGUCAUGUUAUUCAUACAAUAAUAACAGCUUGUCACUACCUGAGGGUCAUAAUUCACCCAACUUGUUAUUUAUCACUGUAUUAUUGGGUAUGAAACUAACAAAAAUAUGCAGUGUGAAUGCCAACAAACACCAAGACAAUGGAAAUGAGAUUCUAUUCGAGUUUAUAAAUUGCACGUUAUCCAGUUUUUCCAGAUUGUAUAGAAAAUUAUACAGCUAUACUAAAGCUUACAGUGGACUGCCAUAAUAUUAAGGAUGUCUUACUGAUCAGCAUAUAUGCGUGACAUGAGACAAAGACACGUGCUGAUCAAGGUGAACUAGAGUGCGGAGGAGGAGAUGGCAUCUUGUACAGUAGAAACAAAGCAAAGGACAGUCUAUUGUAUUCUGACCUUGGAUGACAGAUGAUUUGUCGCAGUAGAUGUGAAAGAGAUAGGGAGAUGCAGAGUGUGUGAUGUAGCGAGAACAUGGUAAGCAUCUGGAAAACAUGUACUUAGAGGUGACUGAUGAGUAUCUUAAAAAUGUUACUGAUGAAGUCAAAAUCAUUGUUCAAACGGUAUGUCAGUGAAACAGUAACAGAUUAUUUACAUUGCUGAUUAUUCUGCAGAUUCUUUUCUUGAUUAAUCAAUUAAUUGCUUCCUCAGAAAAUAGCAAAAUAUGCUCAUCAUAGUCCAAUUUGACGUCGUCACAUUGCCUGUUUUGUUUCAACCAACGGUCCAAUACACAAAGAUGUUUACUGAAAUCUGAUAGAAACAAAAGAGAAACAGUAAAUAUUAGGCGACACUCAUGACCAGAGGCACUAUGUUUACAGGCUGUCCAUCUGUCCAUCUGUCCAUCUAUCCGUCUGUCUCAUUCUCAUGAACGCAGUAUUUCAAGAACACCUUGAGGGAAUUUUCUUCAAAUUCGGCACAAUUGUUAACUUGGACUCAGUGAUGAGCUGAUUAGAAUUUGGUGGUCAAAGGUCAAGGUCACUGUGACCUUGUAUCCAUCUCAUUCUUGUGAGUGCAAUUUCUCAGGAAGGCCUUCGAGGGAAUUGCUUCAAAUUUGGCUUUUGGCCAUUACUCAAGAAUUCAUACUCUGAUUAAGUCAUUAUUACACACAGAUGUCUAAUAGUAUAUAAUGAUGAAGUGAUGACAUUUUAAUAUCCAAAAGGUCAAAGGUCAGCUUAACUGUGGCAUAGGUGUGGGCAAUAUGGCCCCAAAAUAAUAUCACAAUAGUUCAGGGUAUUUUUCCGAUAACAGUAUUCUUAGGGCUGUACCCAAAUAUUCGGAUACUGGAAUAUUGGUUUCUAUGGGUAGGUAUUCGUUAUGAAAAUUUGGUAUUCGUUUUUUUUUUAUUUAUAAAAUUUUUUUAUAUUUUACAUAUUUUUUGGUGCUAAAUGUAGUCUUUUUGUUGUUGGUAAAUGUAGGUUACCAAUAAAAAUCAAAACGUUUAAAUUGCAUUGUUAAAAAUGUGAAAAUAUACCAACUGAGCUUAUGCGCAUGGCACGCUUGAGCGCAUCCGUCUGAGGCUGUGGAUCAUCGCCAAGUUUUACCACUUUAUCACUAUUCCCUCUAACUUGUAGCUGUUUUUUCGUUAUCUUUUGAAUUUAAUAUGAAUUAUGGAACCGUUUUUGUCAACGUUUGUUUCCCCCAUUUUGUACAAUGAAUUAUUGUUUAAAGUUUCAACAAGUUUCUUUUGGAGUGCGUGACACAAGUGUGUUUUGAAAACGACCGCAGACUGUCACCUGCUCAACGCAUCAGUACCUUCGGAUGCCAUGACAGUAAUAGCCAAUAAUGUCAAAAUAUCAUUUACAGACCGAUUUAACAGACGAUCACUGCUGCCCGACCCGCAGGUCCAUUUGUGGGUCCCGCGAGUUACGGGUCGACCUGCGCAUCACUACUCAGCUCAGUCUAUAAAGGCUGUCCACACAACAGGGUGUGUUUGGGGUGUUGCCUACAAGCUGCCGACGGGCAGGGAGCAGGAAGUGAAGAGCUACCUCGACUACCGAGAAAAAGGUGGUUAUCAGGUCAUCACUGUGACCUUUCACCCCCGUCCACCACUCUCUCCCCCGCCCAACCAGGCGCUGCUCUACAUAGGCUCUCAGGACAAUCCGAACUACCUCGGCCCUGCCCCUCUGGAGGAUAUAGCCAACCAGAUCAUCAACUCUACCGGUCCAAGCGGGCAGAACACGGAGUAUCUGUUUCAGCUGGCUGAUGCUGUGAGAACAAUUCUGCCUGAGGACUCAGACACGCACCUGUUUUCUCUAGAAACUUUAGUAAGAGACAGAAUGCACAGUAGGCAGAAACACUCACACACUCAGACAGGUUGAUUGUGAUUAGAUAACAAAUUAGACUUGAUCAAUAAUACAUACCAAGCUUGAUUUGUCAAAUAAUCUCAGGGUUAAAGAUGUUCAUGGAGCCACUAAGGAUAUUUGUCAGGUACAGAAAUUAUGUUGACAAAGUCUGUUUGUAGUGUCACACACCACAACUAAAUGUCAUGUUAGUGCAAAUAAUAUGUAUUAAAAACUGCUUUAAAAUAAAAAUGUAAAUUACAUAAGGCACUGUGGAGUGAUCACAAAAUAUGCUUCGGAUAAACUUGUCAUUUUAGUUGUACAACAUACAACAGUACAAAUAAAUAAUGCUAUGGAUGAAUAAUUUA